GCGAUGAAGCUUCUCCAUCCGCUAAAAUUUCUGAUGACACAUUCCUUAGCCCUGACACUGCAAGUACUGGAUCUACGAACAGUAGUGAACAAGUGAUACGACGUCAUCACAAUAAUCCACUUGAAAAGUUGAAYGACUUUUUAGUUGUUUCAAAUAUUCCACCYAUUCAAAGGAGAUGGAUAGACUGGGAUGAAAUAAGUGAGAAAACGAGGCAGCGAUAUACAAAGAGGGGCGCUGAAAUCGUAGCCGCUGUUGUCCAAACCAUCUCUCCUGAAAAUGCUGGACCGAUUUGGAAGGCUGUAUCGUCAUCUUCCAUAAUCAGUAGACUUCUUGKUGUAAAUGAAGUUACAAUGGCUGACCAACGUUAUUUAGAUGCUUUAGCUGAAUCGUACAAGAAUGCGUCGAGCUGGGAUACCCGAAAACAAGUCCUGUCUAUAAUGACUGAUUUAGCAAGCUAUGCUGUGAUAUCAUCCUUUAUUCCUGGUCUUACCAAGUACAGGUACACUGCAGCAAAUUUACAUCGUUUACAGUUUGGUCGUGGUGUGCCAGUUCUUGUUCAAACGUCCGCUCGUAUAAGAAUAGAUUCAAAACAACUCGAUCACUUUUUAUCAUUUAUAACUAGCCCACAUUUGGUUCAAGAUCUUCCUUUUGGCCAAAAGCACCUCACGCUUUCAUCUGGCAAAGUCUUGGAAGUACCGAACGUGAUACGUACAAUGAUACCACGACGGAUUGUACAGCAGUAUAGUAGAUACUGUGAAGAAACAAAUUUCCAUCCAUUGAGCGACAGUACGAUGUUUCGCAUACUGUCAGAGUGCAGUGCUUCAGUCAGAAAAUCUCUUCAAGGCCUCGAUUACUUCGCUGCGGAUGGAUCGCGAGCGUUUGAUGAGCUAUUAUCGCUAGUUCCCAAGCUUGUUGAAUAUGGUGCUACUGACAGAGAAUGGGAAGUGAAAACAACAGAGAAUCUAAAGACAUCAAGACUUUACUUGAAAGGAGAUUAUAAGGUUCAUCUUGACAAUGCUGAUAAAGUAGCAGAUCACUGUUUAGUCUUUUCCCUUAGUGACAGUAGCGAUGCUGACUUCAAGAAGGAAUGUAAUCACAAACAUGAUGCUGUCUGCGAGCAGUGCUUAGCUCUUGAAGAAACUUUAAAAGACAUCGAAGGAUGCUUCAAAGAUUUUGAGUUUCCCUCUGUUGAU